UCUUACUAACCAAAAAAUCCCCUACUCUCUAUACUCUCUCGGCUCACGUUUUUUUCCUCUGUGCAGUCUGUUUCUAUUCAAGUGUGACACGUUGUUGUCAGUAACCUGUAGCGUUAUAACGCCAAGUAGGGUAGGUGUACUUUACUCCGAUAAAAAGUGUCACAAUCGCCGACAGUUCUCUUGCAAUGACGGUCGUUCGAUGAUAUUGACGAAAGCCAUUUUUUAUUAAAAAGUUGAUUGAUAGACAGUGGAAGUGCGUGCAUGUUUUUUACAACAAAAAGACACCCUACGGGAUAGUGUACUUAAACAUUGUGCACAUGCCCGCGCGUACAAGGAUAAAAAUAUGAGGAUACCGACGAUGGCAUGUCCCUGCUGGCUGCUGGGCCUGCUAUUGUUGCUUGUCUGCUGUACUGGUUUGGCUGAGGCCUGGGACGAGGCUGAGCUUGAAGUUUUUGACGUUGUCGAGGAAGUCAAUCAGAAUUUCUACAAGCUCCUUGGUGUGCCACAGAAUGCAAAUUCAACGGACAUUAAAAAAGCUUUUCGUAAGCUGUCACUGCAACUUCAUCCGGAUAAAAACAGUGCUGCAGAUGCCGAAGUGCAAUUUAGAAAUCUAGUGUCAGUCUAUGAUGUCCUCAAGGAUGCUAAGAAACGAGAUUAUUAUGACAAAGUUCUCGUUAAUGGGCUGCCGAAUUGGCGGUCUGCUGUAUAUUAUUACCGACAUGUUCGGAAAAUGGGAAUUUUGGAACUUAGCAUUAUACUUUUUAUCAUCAUAACGAUUGGACAGUAUUUAGUUUCAUGGGCAGCAUAUUUCGAGAAGAGAUACACUUAUGAGCAAGUAUUGGGAAGUAAGUUACAAAAGUUGCAAAAAAAGAAUAGGAAAGGUAAAAUGGAUGUUCCCGACUUGUCAGAAAUAUUGGACAAGAUUCCUACACCCAGUGUGAAGAAUACUCUUCCAUUCCAGUUGCCAAUGUGGACAUACUGCUCUAUUGUUGGUAUUCCGUCCACCAUUCGUAGUUUAUAUAGAAUUUUAGAGGAAAGAAAACAAAGGAAAAAGGAGGAAGAAGAAGCUCUAGCUCAAGAAGAAGAAUCUGAGCCAGAACCAGAGCCCAGACCUCGAGGACCAAGGAGACGGCGUCAAGGCUUCACGCCUCAGGAACGCAAUGACCGACCUCCUACUGAAAAUUCGAAAAAAGUUGCUAAUGAGACUGCAAACCACAAGGUUCCUGAAAAAGCUAGAGUUAUCGGUGGACUAUGGACUGACGACGACUUGCAUGAACUGAUCAGAUUGGUAAAAAAAUUUCCUGGUGGCACUCCAGAUCGCUGGGAAAAAAUCGCCGAUAUUAUGAACCGGACAGUCAGCGAAGUUACGUUUAUGGCAAAGAAGGUAAAAGACGAAGGUCUAAAGCCUAGUCAGCCUGAAGAAGAAGUUCCAAUUGUGGAAGAUGCGCCUAAGAAAGUUAAGACUCGCGCUGAAGUUGUGGAAGCCACGAAUGAGUGGAGUCAAGAGCAACAAAAGGCAUUCGAGGCUGCACUCUUGAAACAUCCAAAAGGUGGCUCUAUGGAUAGAUGGGAAAAAAUAGCAGUAUGUGUCGAAGGGAAAAAUAAGGAGGAGUGUCAAGCUCGUUAUCGUUAUUUAGUUGAAGUUGUGAAAAAGAAACAGACACAGUGAAAGUGACAACUUAUUUAAACUGCAUUUGAACUAAAAUAAAAGUGAAAUAUCAGGUGAAUCGUGUUACCAAAAUGACUCUUAGUGGAUUCAAAGAGU